CCGCCGGGGUCGUGGCGCGUCAGCGCUUCCGGCCGCGCCCGGGGCUGAGCGGGAGCAGCGGCCGGGAACGGACCGGGAGUGAACCGGGAACAAACUGGGAACGGGGCGGCAGCCCAGGGAGAAGGAAGAUGGAAAGCGCCCCUGUCCUGCUGGAGUCCAAGUCCUCCCCCAUCAACCUGCUGAACGAGAUGCAGCAGCUGCGGCUGCUGGGCCACCUGUGUGACGUCACCGUCAGCGUGGAGUACCAGGGCGUGCGUGCCGAGUUCCCGGCGCACAAGGCCGUGCUGGCCGCCACCAGCAAGUUCUUCAAGGAGGUUUUCCUCAACGAGGAGCCUGUGGGCGGCCCCCGCAGCAACGUGAUCCUCAACGAGGUGCGCGUGGCGGAUUUCGCCUCCUUCCUGGAGUUCGUCUACACGGCGCGCGUGGAGGUGGAGGAGGACAGGGUGCAGCGCAUGCUGGAGAUCGCCGAGAAGCUCAAGUGCCUGGAUCUCUCUGAGACUUGCUUCCAGCUGAAGAGGCAGAUGCUGGAGUCCGUGCUGCUGGAGCUGCAGAACUUCUCGGAGUCGCAGAAUUCCGAGGAGGAGAGCGCCGCCCGCCCUGGCGCUGUGCCCGCGGCCAAGGCCGAGCGGGAUCCUCCGGAUUGUUCCGGAGCGUCUCCUGAGGGGCCGGCUGCCAAGGCCAAGGAGAAGGCGGACAAAAAGAAGGAAGUGCUGAAGGCUCCUUACACCAAGAUCCGCAGGGCGAGCGGGCGGCUGGCCGGCAGGAAGGUGUUCGUGGAGAUCCCCAAGAAGAAAUACACACGGAGGCUGCGGGAGCAGCAGCGGAACGCCGAGGAGGAAAAGCAGCCCAAGGGCGAGGAGGGAGAGCGGGAGCAGGAGGAGAACUCCAGCCAACCCGAGGCGGCCUCCCAGGAAAACCCCGCCAAGGGCGAGGAGGAGGAGGAGGAGGAGGAGGAGAAGAAGAAGCGCGGCGGCGCCUUCAAGUGCGGCACGUGCCAGAAGGAGUUCCUGUACGAGAAGAGCUUCCUGAAGCACAUCCAGCAGAGCCACGGCAUCGCCUCGGCGCUGGAGUUCCGCUGCGAGACGUGCGCGCAGACCUUCGCCAACCGCUGCAACCUGCGCAGCCACCAGCGGCACGUGCACAGCAGCGAGCGCCGCUUCCCCUGCGAGCUCUGCGCCAAGCGCUUCAAGAGGAAGAAGGACGUCAAGAGGCACGUGCUGCAGGUGCACGAGGGCGGCGGCGAGCGCCACCAGUGCCACCAGUGCGGCAAGGGGCUCAGCUCCCGCACGGCGCUGCGGCUGCACGAGCGCACGCACACGGGGCACAAGCCCUACGGCUGCCCCGAGUGCCAGGCCAAGUUCUCGCAGCCCUCGGCGCUGAAAACGCACAUGAGGAUCCACACGGGGGAGAAGCCCUUUGUGUGUGAUGAGUGUGGGGCCCGCUUCACCCAGAACCACAUGCUCAUCUACCACAGGCGCUGCCACACAGGGGAAAGGCCUUUCAUGUGUGAAACCUGUGGGAAGAGCUUUGCCUCCAAGGAAUACUUGAAACACCACAACCGGAUCCACACGGGAUCCAAGCCCUUCAAAUGUGAGGUUUGCUUCCGGACCUUUGCCCAGAGGAAUUCCCUGUACCAGCACAUCAAAGUCCACACAGGGGAGCGGCCGUACUGCUGUGACCAGUGCGGGAAGCAGUUCACGCAGCUGAACGCGCUGCAGCGGCACCACCGCAUCCACACCGGCGAGAAGCCCUUCAUGUGCAACGCCUGCGGCCGGACCUUCACCGACAAAUCCACCCUGCGCCGGCACACCUCGGUACGGUCCCGCUGCCAGGGGGAUCUGGGGAGGAAUCGUUCCCUGGGAGGUUGGGAUGGCCCUGGCACGGUUCUCCCAGAAAAGCUGUGGGUGCAGGACCUUCACCGACAAAUCCACCCUGCGCCGGCACACCUUGGUAUGAUCCCACAGUUAGGGGGGAUGUUGGGAGGAAUCAUCCCCUGGGAGGUUGGGAAGGCUCUGGCACAGUUCUCCCAGAAAAGCUCUGGGUGCAGGACCUUCACCGACAAAUCCACCCUGCGCCGGCACACCUUGAUCCAUGACAAAAACACCCCCUGGAAAUCCUUCCUCGUCAUCGUGGAAGGAGCCGCAAAGAAUGACGAGGGGCACAAAACGGAGCUUCCUGAUGAGGAAUACGAGGUGUCCCCCAAAAUCCCGGAAAAGCUGCUGUCCUUCCCAGAGAACAGCCCCUACCAGAGCCUGGCAGCAGUCCCAGGAAGCGGGAAUUCCAGCACGGACUGUAAGGCCUCUGGAGCACAGGAGUCCCUGCUGGGAGAGCUCACUGUGCUCCACACGCAGACGGACUCUGGGCAGCCCCAGCUCCAUGCCCUGGUGAACAUGGAAUAAUUUGGGAUUGCCUCCUGCUCCUUAGGCUGCACCCCUUGUACAGUCCUUGGCCUGAGGGAGGCUGGUGGUGGGAAGCUGGGAAAGUGUGGGUUUCCAGCUUUCCUCUGGAAAUUCCUUCCCCAGCUCCAUCUCCUGAUGGUCGGGCAGGGUGGCACCACACCAGGGAAUUAGUGGGAGUUGAUCCCCUAGGAAUUCAGGGGGUGGCUCAGGUACCUUGGUGGUGCAGGUUUGUUUUCCAGGGAAUUCAAUGCCACAUGGACAAUCAGGAGAACCGAUGUUUCUCUAUGACAUUUGCUAUGUUUUCCCCAGUGGAAUUUCAUCCAGGAGAAGUCUGGCUAAAUUUGCUUUUCAGGAAAUGUUGGUUUCUCUCUGCUUUUGCCAAAGAUCCCAACGAGUGGGAGCAGCUUUGGAGUUUCAUUCCAGGAGUUUGGAGUCUCUGAGCAGCAAAAAGGGGCAGGUGGCAGCCAAGUGCUGCUUCUUUGGUUUUACAAUUGCAGGGAAACUGGAGCAGUCUGGCACUUGGAUCCUGUCAGUUCUCACCCUCCAGCUGCUCCAGCUCCCAUGGAAUUCAGAGAACAAGACAUCUCCUAGAGCUGUGCUGGAAGGGGCUCAGUUCAGAGGCUUUUCCUGCUCCAUUUUUAGUGGAAUAGGAUUUGAGGGAUUUCCCCUGGGCAGGGAAGGAGCCUUGGAAUGUUGUUCCAGCUGGGCUGACUCCUGGUUUUUCACAACAGCAGCUCAGUGUGCUAUGGUUUAAUGCCUCAAACCUUGGGAUGGGCUUCCCAGUGUAAAAACCCACUUGUCCCAUUCUUUUUCCCAUUUUUUUGCCUGUUCCUGUAGUAUUCCCACAGCAAUUCCUCAGCCGAAGCUGUGAGCAGAACUUUGGGAAAGGUAAGCACAAUCCAGCCUGGUGAGAUCCAGCAAUAAAGACCCCCCACCUGUGGCACAGAGCUAUUUUUUGGGAUAAAGGGAUGGCAGAGGCUUUCUCAUGGAACUCUAAGAUAGAAAAAAGGGAAUUUUUGUACCAGAGGACAUUUCCAAGAGGUUAUAUUUGAGAUAUUUAUUCCUGCUGGAGCUCAGUUAUUCCCAAUGGAAGGAAAGGGGUUGUAGAUAUAUUUAAGGGCUGAGCACUGGGAUCUGGAGCCGGGGAAUGUUUUGUAAGUGAGUUACUUGUUUGAGCUGUUCCUAAUAAAAUAUGGAAUAUGGAGACCUCCCAGUGA